GGUCAUCAUCGAUCGAUCAAACGCCGCAGAAACUGUUGUUGUUUUUAAGAAGAACGAAGCCAAGGUAUUGAUCGGGGACCAAAGGGAACGUUUUGGGUGCGAUGCUUGAUGGGAUGGCCAUGGCAUCCAAGCUUGAGAUCAACCUGCAGAGAUUGUUGACGAGAUGUGAGACGAUGGCUGGAGAGCAGGACCACGGAGACUGGCGAUUGGAGAAGUUUGUUGGUGCACUUCAAGAAAAACUUGCUGAGCUCAAAAGAUCAACAAGCUUGCCCAGCCAAGAAGCACUUACCGAAUAUACCAAGAAGAUUGAGUUUUUAAAGGGCCUCAUCCAAACAGAGAAACUGACCUCGGCGAGCGACAAGGCCAUGGCCAAUCAGCUCCUAGCUCCGGCCCACUCCACAACCAGCGUCUCAUCCGAGCCCAAGUCACACGCCAAGGUUCUGCCGACGUCUACCAAAGACCUCCAUCUGCAGGCCACGUCCAGAUAUGUGAACGAGAUGAGGCGAGAGCUUUUAGGGACUGACGAUUUACAAGAGAAUGGAUUGAGACACAGAAGAUUACAUGAUCUUGACGACAAGGCAUCGUCAGAUGACUUGGAUGCGGUGUUGCAGCAUCAUCACAACAUGCAGGAGAAACUGGCCGAGGAGAUGCUGUCACUGACAAGGAGUCUCAAACAUAACACCGUAGUGGCUAGCAACAUCAUCCAGGAUGAUAAUAGGAGGCUUGGAGAGACCAUCCACUUAGCCGACAGUAACUACAGCAAGUUGAAGGUUGAGAGUGAACGCUUGCAGCAGCACACCCAGCGGGCAUGCAACUGGUGGCUUUGGGGCUCCUUAUUCUGUGUCAGUAUCAUAUUCCUCUGGAUGAUUAUCUUUAUAAGGUUCUUCCCGAAACUGAGGUAACACAUCUAACUAUUAACUUGUUAGGAAGGGGGUGGGGGAGGGGAGGGGGAGGGGUACACAUGCAUACGAUGUGAACUGUGGUUAGGGAAUUUGUGUUGCAUUCAAUGCAUGCCAUCUUUCAACUGGGUGGAGACAUUCACUGCCUGAGUCACUACUAUUUGUGCGUCAGUGAAAAUUGUGAUUCAGAAAAAAAACCACAUUGAUGGAUCACUAUGGAAAAAAGAUGAGGCAGCCAUACAUGUGUUCUUUCAAGGCCAAUACAAAUAUGACUCCUGCUUCCGGUUACCCAACUGAUUUUAUUUUUAAGGCCCAACCUUCAAAGUUUUAUCGGCAAGUUAAAAAAAAAAUCAGGGAAAAAUGCAAUCAUGUUGUCUUUUCUGUAUGUACAAAGCGCUUCUCAACAACCUUUUCAUGUCAAAAAUGCUAAUAACAUCUCUGCUAUCAAUAUUUGUUCAUUUGCUUACUUAAAAUCGCUAUUAUUUGUAAGGAAAACUCCGUUGUUUUUUUCACCGAUGCGAUCAGCAAGUUCCCUUCGCGGUGGUGAAAGCACAUGCGUCAUGCAAGCAGCAAUGGUAGACUGGUUCCCGCCACGCACUAUAACAAUAAUAGUCAUAAUCAUGAUGGAAGGACCGGGAACAGUCUAUGGAUUACGUAAUGUAAUCGGUCAAAUGUGACAUGGCAACCAAACAAAUGGAGAAAGCAGAUUUCUGGGAGUUAAUUCGCAGAUAUUGAUCUUCUUUUUUUCCCCGUGUACAUGUAUAUUCCGUUGUCACGUAUUUAUUUCAAGGUCUUACCGUUCAUACUUCCAACCGACCCUAUUUUUGAAAGGCAUCUAAUCGGAAGCAGAAGUAUUUAUAUUCUUUGGUCUAAGCAUGAUGUCAUUUAGCAUAUUUCAUACGGAUGUACAUGAAUACAACAGCUUUAGAUUGGGUGUUCAUUCAUGAAAGUUGCAUCCAUUUUGUGCAGUGGUGUAUCAGGGGAUGAUAAUUUGUCCCAAGUUAACUAUAAAAAAAAAGGUUAGAAAUGUUCAAAGGUUGCAGGAAAUCUUACUUUUUGGCACAUUAAAAUGAAAACUAAAGUAAUAGUGUGAUUGCUUGUGAAAUUUGCCAAAAUCAUGCUGGAAACCAUUUUUUUAAAGCAAAUUUAUAGAAAAACAACUUCCACAAACUAAUUCAAGAGCGCCCUCUGUUGGUCAUUGUUGAGCAAAAUAUUGGUCAGAAACACAUUGAAUGCACUAAUCAGUGACAUAUCAAAAACUUAUGAUCACAAUUUAUACUUGGUAGGUGGUUUGGGGAAUUAUGUGGAUGUUUAUUGCAUAUUUGUUUAGAAUUUGGUGUUUUUUUCUCUCUCAAUUUUACUUU